AUGGUUGAAAAUGAGUUGAAACUUUUGAGAGAGGAACAAGUCCAACAUAGGGAGAGAAGUUAUAGUGGAGAGUCCCAAUAUGAACAAGAGGCCUUAAGAGUAGGAGAAUAUUAUCAUCAACCCUCUUCAUCAAGAAGACAUAGGAGGGAAUUUGAAAAUCCUCCUCCUCCUAAGGAAGUUAAUGUGGUAUUGCCUCACUUUCAUGGAAAAGAUAAUGUUGAGGCUUACCUAGAUUGGGAAAUGAAGGUUGAGCAAAUUUUUGCUUGCCAUCAAGUGGGAGAAGAAAGAAAAGUCGCUCUUGCCACCUUAAGUUUUCAAGGGUAUGCAAUGUACUGGUGGACUGCUACAGUCCAAGAGAGACUAAGACAACGACUUCCUCCAAUAAAAUAUUGGAAUGACCUUACAAAUGCCCUUUGGAAAAGGCACAUGCCUUCCUACUACAAAAGAGAACUCAUGGAUAAGCUCCAAAGAUUGCAACAACAAUCUAUGUCUGUUGAAGAAUACAGACAAAAGAUGGAGUUAUACAUGAUGAGGGCAGGAAUAACAGAAGGCGAGGAAACUACCUUGGCCAGAUUUUUGAGUGGAUUGAAUCUUGAUAUCAGGGACAGGGUUGAACUCCUACCUUAUAGAGAUUUGAAUGACCUUGUUCAAAUGUGCAUAAAGGUAGAACAACAAAAUUUAAGAAAAGUUUCUGUUAAAAGAUUUCAAUCCCCCUUUGAACAGAAGAUUGUUAAAGAAAAAGAGCCCCUCAAACCUCUAGCCAAUAUAGUUGAAAAACCCAAACAAGAAUCCUCUUCACACACUCGCACUAGUGAGAUCAAGUGUUUUAAAUGUUUGGGUAGGGGUCACAUAGUUGCUCAAUGUCCUACCAAAAGAACAAUCAUUUUAAGAGGUAGUGACACAUAUAGUAGUGAAAGUGAGAAUGAGCAAGAAAGAGGUAAUAAAGAGGAAGUAUAUCCUUGUGAGGGUCAACUUCUCAUGCACAAGGCUGGUGGAAAAACUGAAUCUUAUUGUGAUACCCUAUCCAAAACCUUACAAACUUCAUUGCUAAAUAAAGAUGGGGAUCUAACAGUCAAGAAUCAAGUUAAAUUGGCAAUUUCCAUAGGAAACUUCAAAGAUGAUGUUAUUUGUGAUGUAGUUCCUAUGGAAGCUUGCCAUGUACUAUUGGGAAGACCAUGGCAAUUUGAUAAUGACACUACACACCAUGGUCUCACCAAUACCAUAACUGUGCACAAAAAUGCUAAGAAAUUUGUGCUUCAUCCUUUGUCACCUGCCCAGUUUGUCCAGCUUGCCCACUUUGUUCCUGACCAAUACUUGAGUGUGGUUUCCACCCUUGAUUGUAGCUCCCUUGAUGGUACUGAUUGGUCAUGUAGUUUACAUCCUCUACGGCUUCAACUGGAAAGGCACAUUGACCAUUGA